AUGUUUAAUCUUGUCGGCAGAAGCUUGACAUUUUCUGUGUUCAAAACAACAUCGGUUCAUAGAUUAUUUCCUCGCACAUCAUAUUCGUCACAAGCAGCAUCAGAUAACUCAUUCACAGUUUCUUACCUCAUAGACUCAUGCGGAUUCCCUCCAGACAAGGCGAUUUCAGCUUCCAAAUGCUUACACAUCCAAACCCCAGAUCGAGCAGACUCUGUGAUAGCAUUUUUCAAGAAUCAAGGGUUCACAGAAACCCAAAUAUCUCAUUUAGUGCGAAAGUUUCCGAGGGCUCUCGCAUGUAAUCCCCAAAUAAACCUUUUUCCCAAAUUUGAGUUCUUACGUUCUGUAGGACUUUCAGAUUCUGAUAUUGUCAAGAUACUAAUUGCAAGACCCAAAUUCCUUCGUAAAAGCUUGAAGAAUAGUAUAGAACCUACCUUUAACUUACUUAGAGAUUUACUCCAAUCUAAUGAAAAAACUCUUCUUGCAAUCAGGAGGUGUGCGUGGGUCUUGGAUUUGGAUACCCGAGCAAAUGUGAUUCCAAAUAUGCAAUUAUUGCGUGAUGUUGGUGUGCCUGGAUCAAAGAUGCUGUCUGUAUUAACUUACCACCCUAGAGAUAUUUCAGAUAAUAAAGAACAGUUCAAAAUGGCCGUGGAAGAAGUUGUGGAAAUGGGCGUUGAUCCUUUGAAAACAAAUUUCAUGUCAGCUGUUCACGCACUUAGGUCAAUAAGCAAGUCCAAUUGGGAGAAGAAGAUGGAGACUUAUGAGAAAUGGGGUUUGUCUAAAGAGCAGAUCUUGCUAGGUUUUAGGACUAAUCCAUGGUGUAUGAUGAAAUCGGAGGAGAAAAUCAAUAAAGUGAUGGAUUAUCUUGUUAAUAAGAUGGGGUUUGAGGCAUCCAUUGUUGCAAAUAAUUCUGUGCUUAUUUCAUUGAGUAUGAAGAAAAGGAUUAUUCCAAGAUGUUUGGUUUACCAAUAUUGUUUGGACAAUGGAUUGAUAGAAGGUAAGAAUGAAUGUGGUUUCUGCUGGUGGUUGAAGUCUUCUGAUAAUAUAUUUAUGAAGAGAUUGGAAAGAUAUGAGACAAAAGCUCCAGGUGUUCUAAAAUUCUAUCAAGAAAAGUUGGAUCAUGAGAAUUGA